UAUCUGUGCUGAUUAAAUAUUCAAUACAUUGAAAGAUAAGGUACUUAUCAGAAACUCAUAUGUUUAAGGGUUUUAACUCCACUUAUUUUUUUAAACCACCAUGAGAAAAGUACGUUGACAAUGUUGGGAUUACUUGUAAUUAUUUACUGGUUUGCAGGAGAAAGUACUGCUGUUGGAGAAUAUUCUUCACAUAUUUUACCAGAACCAAAAUUCUAUGAGAGCUCUUGCUAUGGAGUUGCGGACGAAUAUGUUGACUUCCAAUUUAACUGUACAAGUGAUGAUAGUUCAAUAGCAGUGUCUUCAGUGAUAGCAGCCGCCAAGCCAUUAACCAAGAACUGUUCUGAUGUUAUGUCCUCAGGAAUUAACUCUGAAUAUCACGAGAGAUGCUGUACGGUGGAUCAGGAGAGAGACUGUAACGCGACGUACCAUAACACAAAUGAUUCACUAACUUACGAAAUUCAAAGUGUGUGUAAUGGAUAUCAGAAAUGUCCGUCACCAGUCCGAACACCAUGGAUGCGUGUCGGAUGUAACAAUACCGUAUAUCCCCUAGAAAACAACUACAUGAUAGUGGAUUACUUCUGCAUUAAAAAAAGCAAAAUUGCAGUUUUGCAAUCAAGUAAUAAAAGUUUGAAAGGAAGACAAAGUGUUUAUCUGCAGUCGGCUGGGUAUCCGUGUGACACCACCUACUCUAACGACGAGGAGUGGUGUCAAAUUGAAGUCAGUGAUGCAGCAAUUCCUAUACAAGUGGUAGCUAUUGACAUUAAGUUAGCGGAAAAUGCCAGCAUUGUUUUUAAAGAGGCCAAGGGCUGCAAGGAAUCAGAAUACAAGAUAACAUACGAAAACAACAACAAAUAUCAAAUAGUUAACAUUUUUAACCUGACAAAUACGGUUUUCCUUUCCUACAGAACUGGAAGUUUUUCCUCAGCUCGAUUCUGGAUUGGAUUUGUGUCGAAUCAGAAUAUAUCAAUCACAUGUGGAGUAACCAUUAAUGAGAACUGCACAACUAAACUCCUCUUAAACACAUUCAGCAACGAGAAUAAAAAAGCGUGUUCAGGAAAAGGUGGCAUAACUUCUGGCAAGUUACAAACUACGAAUCCAAACAAAAAUACCGUUUCAACAACUGAUAAGGAUCAUAACUCGACAAUCGAUUCUACCACAAACAGCACUAUUGCAAACUACAAGUACCAAAGUCCGGGGUAUUCCACAGAGAGUACUACAACAGCUAACAAGGAUCACAACCCGAGAUCUUCCACAGAGAGUACUACAACAGCUAACAAAGAUCACAACCCGAGAUCUUCCACAGAGAGUACUACAACAGCUAACAAAGAUCACAACCCGAGAUCUUCAACAGAGAGUACUACAACAGCAAACAAAGAUCAUAACCCGAGAUCUUCAACAGAGAGUACUACAACCGUUUACAAGUAUCCCAAAACGAGCUUUUCUAAAGAAGGCACUACAUUUACCAAAAAAUACCACAGUCUGGUUUAUUCCACACACGGCACAAAAAAUUACAAAAAUCAUAGCCUGGGCUAUUCCUCGUUUAGCACUAGAACAACCUACAGGAAUCAUAGUCAGAGUAUUUCCUCUGGUAGCAUUAGAACGACCAACACGAAUCAGAGCCUCAGCUCUUCUACGGACAGCACUAGAACAACCAACAAGAAUGCUAGCCCGAGCUCCUCUCCGGGAAGCACAAAUACAACCUACAAGAAUAAUAGACCUGCCCUUUCUAAAGACAGCACUACAACGUACAAGAAUCCUAGAUCAGGCCCUCCCAGAGAUAGCACUACAACAACUACCGAAAACGGCACUUCAACAACUAAUAAUAACACUGCAAAAGCUGGCAAUUCUAGCAGCCAGACCUCUUGCACAGAAACCCCACCAACAAAUAACACUGCAAAAGGUAAGAAUUUUAAAAUAGACUUCACUAACUGA